AUGACAACAGUCAUUGAUAAGCAAAAGUACGAUUUCCGAAGAACAAAAGGACUUAUCAAAAUACGUGGAGUGGAUCCAUAUUUUAUUAACGCAAAGUAUAAAACGGAUACCGGUGAUACGUCAGUCAAUCUUUUGUUGGGGAGCGGCUAUUGGGCCACAUGCCGGCAUCCAAACUAUCUUUCUGAAGCUACGACAUUCAUCGUAUUCUCAGCGUUCCAAGGUCCCUAUCCUAUCGCUUGCCAUCUCCCUGCCGUUUUUGUCGCAGGUUUGUCUCCUUUUUUACAGCUUUGA